AUGGCAGACAAGGGGAGCGGUCUCCGUCAGAAUCAGCAACAACCGCCCAGAGAAGAAACGCAUGAAGAGCGAGUGGCCCGCGCCUCUAGGUGGAACCGUUACAACUGGAUGGAAGGAGCUAUUUUACCAACAACCGGAUCCAGCUACCAGAGCAACAAUAGCAGAGAUCGCAGCGGCUUCAGCGAUGGUGAGAUAUCCUACCCUCGUUUGCGAAACGACGACAACUCUGGGUAUGCUAACAGCCGCACCUCGCCGCAGCUUAUUAGUCCUAUUUCUGUGGCGAACGCUGCCGCCCAAGCGCUCCGCAACCGUGGUCACCCAGUUCCUGGUGAGAACAACACCAACAAGCAGGGUACUGCAAAGAAGACCGGUCCCGCCAACUCCAAAUCCUCCGUCCCCGCCAAAAAAGGCAAGCGGCUCAAUUCGAAUGAGAAAAAGUCUAAGGAUCCCCACAACCGUCGCACUGUUUUGCCGCCCCUUUCCCCUGCUGGUCCUAUACCUUAUAGCCCCACUCGCGACAGGAAGCCUGGCCCAAAGGCUGCGGAAGACAUAAAACCUAUCUUGCUGUCGGACUUGAUCAAAUGCCACCACUACCACCCUACCGAGAAUGGGGUUACCAUUCGUGUCGAGACCGGAGUAAUGGCUUGCGUGGAAUACACGGGGUAUUCCGAACUAAACGUCUACGCAAUGCACGAACCACCGAGAAACCUCUGCAUAGACGACAUUAUUAUCGUCAUAUCCAAGACCAGAGUCAUGCUUGCACGCAUUCCCGUUCGUCUGAAUCAUCACCACACCUCCCUAAACUGCCGCCGUUUGAUUGGUGCCCUCAGCCCCUGGCUGGACUACAGCGAGUCCGUCACUGUUAUUUUCCUGUGUCCUCGUGCCCCCAAUGGCGGUCUUUACUACACGACCGAAAGCAAAGCCGCCCGGCUCAACACUGUGUAUCAGCAAAUGCAGAACUUUGCAAAGCCUAUUGGAAGUUUUCUGUACGAUUCGUAUUUUCCGAGUAUCCCUGGAGAUACUAGUGUCGAGUGCUCAAUUACUAUUGGUCCUGUCGUUGGAGGUGAUCUUUCACCACUUGAAACUGUAGAAGAACUACCUACUGGAAACAUUGGUUAUUCUUUCGGUCAGGGCAGUGGCUUUGUGUUUGGUCAGACUGGCGGCGCUGGAUACGGAUUUGGUAUGGACUUUAGCAACAUGGGGUCGACUCCAACUUCUACCAAUAGCUUUGCAGAUGGCAGUGCCUGGCCCAGCCCUGGAAUGACCCAGACAUUCACACUGGGUGGUGGAAACGGAAUGAAUCAGGGAUACGCCGGCAUCAACCCCUCGGCCCUAACGCAGUACGGAAACAUGAACCAGUACGGGAAUCAGAACCUAAACCAGAACGUGAACCAGAACCAGGGCUCCCUUUCAGGAUUCGACCAAAGCUACGCCCAGGAACUCGGCUUUGUCGACCCGGCUACUAUUAUCCGCCCACAGUUCUACAACCAAGGCAUGGGACAACAGAACAGAAACCCUUAUGCCCAGAACAACAACAAUUACGGAUAUCUGAACAUGAACAACCCUAUCCAGAACCUCAACCAGAGCACUGCCGGAUAUCCGAGUAUGAACAACCCAAACCUCAACCUCAAUCGCCAACAGGCCAACCGCAUCCAAGCUCCACGCAACAAUAAUACAAUGGACUGGAUGCAGGAUUUCACUAUUGGAACUGGAUAUGACCGCACACCGCAUACCUAUAAACGCCCCCGCGUUAUUGUACGCGAUCGCAACGGGGAGCGUAUUCUGUGA